AUGGAGCAAGAAUUCCAGUUCCUGUUGUGCGACAAGUGCCAGAAAGAAGCCCAGAACCCCAAACUCCUCGCCUGCCUUCACACUCUUUGCUCCGAAUGCAUCCAAGAAUCCAAGCCGGUCGGCCACUGUCCCGUCUGCCGGGUUCCCGUCCCUCGCUCCCUGGACAACCUCCUCUUCACGCACCUGCAGGCCAAUCUGAGCACUUACCAGAAGAUUGCGGCCGGCCAGGACUUGGCGUGUUCCCGUUGCAAAGUGAAAGCAGAGUUCUGGUGCUCGGAAUGCAAGGAGUUCCUCUGCGUGAAGUGCCACGAGGCUCACCAGUGGUACUUGAAGCAGAAGAGCCACGAGGCCCAGAGGAUCGAGGACGUGAAGGCCGAUUCCGCCGCCAGGUUCCUGUCGGGGGCCCGGAAGUCCUGCAUCCUCUUCUGCUCCAAUCCGACCCAUUGUAACCAGGGUCAGAUUGCAAGCCUCUAUUGCCGCCAGUGCCGCAAGCCGCUGUGCUGUUCCUGUGCCCUGCUGGACAACACCCACUCCCGGUUCUACUGCGACAUCAGCGUGGAGAUCCAGGAGAGGAAGGAGGAGCUGGGCAGGAUGAGGGAGGAGCUCCGGGAGAAGGAGCAGCGUUGCGAGCAAACCCUCGGCCACCUCCGGCAGAAGGAGCAGGAGAUGGAGACCGUGCGGAACGAAACCCGGGCGCUGAUCCAGGAGAAGGUGGAGGAGAUGGUCCGUCAGAUCCGGCAAAGGGGGGACCGGUUAUUGGAGGAAGUGGACAGGCAGCUCCACCAGGAGCGGCAGGACACCCAGGCAAAGCUGCAGGACAUGGAGCGUGCCCUCCACCGGAUGAAGGCCGGCACGCAGCUGGUGGAGAAGAUGAAGGACUUUGCCUCCGACCAGGAGGUGAUGGACAUGCACCUGUUUAUCAAGGAGUCUCUGGAGGAGCUCAGGGAGGAGCGAGUGCCGAUGGCGGGGCAGAGGAUCCCGACGAGGAACUUUGCGGGGGUCAAGGACAAGCUCCGGGCUCUCUGCGAGAAAGUGAUGGAACAGAGAGAUCCCGCCGCUGCCAGCAGCGCUCCAUCUACUUCUGCUGCGGCUCUCAACACGGAAACUCCGCAAAAUGAGAUUAACCAUCCCAAGGCCCAGGAGACGCAGACGCCCACGUAUACCCUCAGCAUCGAAAAGAGUCCUCGUGGAUUAAUCCCUUCCAUGAGCACCCCGAAGAAGCGGCCUCUGAACCUUUGUGAGAAAUCCAUCCAGGCUCCCCUAAGAUGCCGAAGCACGAAUCCCGUGGGAGCCAAGAAGGCGAAACCUCUACCGGGCACAUCCAGGAGGCCGCGAUGUGUUCUUCGUGCGCCCACGAAAUCAUCCCAGAGGGAGACCGAAGGAUCGUCAUCAACUUGGGGGACGGGGACCAUUCUCCCCCGGAGAUCUGCGAAUCGGAGGUCGCCAGCAUAGUGAUCAGCAGUUCCGAUGACACCGAUGCCGACACUGUGUGACCCUCAUGUUCCGGAAGGCUCUCUGACCAGCUACCUUCUUCCUGUCGUCAUGCCUGAGGGAAGCUCUUGAGCCUUCCCGAAGAGACUCAAAAACCGCUUUCAAGCUUGCGUUUGCUGGUCUGCAUCUCACUUCAUCUCAUUGCAUCCUGGACACUCCUUUUCCCUACUUGCAGUUUCGCCGAUCCUUCUGGGAACGUGUUUGUGUACUCACUUUUAGAUGGUCAGGCCGGGCUCGCUUUUAAUUCCUGUGAGGACAAAAUUAAAUCACACUGUUUCUA